AAAGAUAAAAGAACUAGUAAAACAAUUUUAAAAAAGAAUUUACCUUCUUACCAUCCCAAAAGUGAAAUUUUGAAAAAGGGUGAAUGGAAGUUGAAUCAACAUUAACACAAACUUUAGACUCCAACAAGAAACCAAACAAGCUAAGAUCUAUCAGAUUUCCAAGACUGUCUUUCUUGAAAAAAACAUCCUCAAAAAAGAGCUCAAAAUCCAGGUUUUCUUGUCUCUCCAUUGAUACAUCAAGUGAUAACUUGAGCCCUGAGCAACUAAGUCCAGUGAAAAUGCCAGAUUUAUCACCAAAUUAUAUGAAGGUCACAACUAGCUAUGAUGCAAAGAAAGGAAGUACUUCUCAGAAGGGGAUUGGAUCAGUAGAUGAGAUCUCAAUUCAUUCAUCAACUUUAAGAUCAUUAGCAGCUGAAUUAUCUGCACAAAAUGAUGACAAAAUCAAGAACAGACCAGCAUUAAAAAAGAUAAUGAAGAAUUUUGGAAGUACAAGGUCAUUUAGAAGAAGGUCAAGAUCAGUAAUCAAGAAUCCUACUAAAUCACUAUCUGAUUAUGCUGCAAGUUCAGUUGAGGUUUCAGAAUCAUCACCACCACAUUAUAGGAAAGCAACAAGUUGUUCUGAAGGUAAAGGUUAUUCUCAUUCAAGUUUACAUAAUAGCUAUGAAUCUAGCUUUGAUAGUAGUGAUCAAAGCCGGAGUCCGAGGAAAUAUGUGCAAACUUUGUCAAGGACAACUAGUAUGAGAAGUGUCAAGAUUUUGAUAAAUAAGGCUAGUCUUAAAUCCAAGAGGGGUUCCUCUAAAUGCUGUCAAAUUCCGGAUAAGGCAACGUGUUCUUCGACUCUUAAGGAUUCCAAGUUCCAGGAACAUGUGGUGUUUCAACCUGGACAAACUGAAUCAGAUAGGAUUUCUAAGUUUAAAGUUUGUUCAUAUCAUCAUUGUUCUCUGCAUGGAGGACAUUAUGAUGAUCCUUCGCCCCCAGUAAAGCGCGUAUAUAGGAGGAAAAGAUUGCUGAAAUCACAAAAAAGCAUCAGAAUGAAAAGUAAGCCAAGAAAUGGAGAGAAGUUUUCCGAAAUGACUCGAUUGAUCCCUAGUGUAGAUCCUUCUUUUUGUGUAGAAAGCAAUACUAAAGAAGACGCUGGAUUUUACGAGGCUAUUGAAUAUGCUGAUCUUGCUGAGAUUGCCUUUGGUGAAACAUCAUUUCCAGAACAAAGUUACCAGGAGACACUCAACAUAAUGAGAAAAUAUUCUACACAAGAGAAAGACACUCAUUUUACAGCUUCAACAUGCUGCAAUUGUAUGGCGCGAGAGCAGAUUGAAUCUGUUUCUGUUACUGAUGCUGUAGACUCAAAAGAUGAUAGUGUUACAGCAUCACCUGUUUCUGGUCACCAGGAGAGAAAUCUUUCACUUGUCUUAAAGCAAGAUGAUAGUGUCUCUACAUCUGGUAAGGAUGAAAAUAACAACAGAACGAGAUCGGUGUUGGAUAUUUUUAAUGGAGCAAAAUGUAACAGUGCAAACACUCGGUCUGAAGAUGGACUAUUCACUAAUAGAACGAGAUCGGUGUUGGAUAUUUUUCAUGGAGAAAAAUGUAGCAGUGAAAUCUCUUCAGUUUCAGCUAGAAAUAUCCAGCUGGAACUUGGAAAUAUCCAAGAAAAGGAUGGCAAAGCUGAUCUGGACGAGGACUUUGAUAGCACAUCAGGUUCAGCUGUGGAUUCUGAAUCCAAGAAUUGUCUUCCACUUGAAGUUGCUGAACCAAAGAAGAAGCAUAUGAGCAUGUGGAGUAUGAUUCGUAGGCAUAUGAUUCCGGAUGGAUCUGCAGAAUCUGAGAACAAAUCGUCUAGUGGAGUUAACGAAGAAAGUUCUGACUCAUGUUUGGAUUUUGUUGAAAGAGAAUUGAUACCUGCAAAUGAGGAUGCAGAAAAUCAAGAAGUUGAAUUGCGGAAGCUUUUCGCCAUCAAGCUGGUACGAGAAGCAAUCGAAAGAAUACUCCUUCCAGAAGUUCAAUCUGAUGACCAAUCAGUUACAAGCGAGUCCGGUGCAGAUCAAGAAUCCUUGGAAAUGAAUCACAAUGAAGUGUCGUCUACCAAAGAAAACUUCAAAGAGUCAAAAAGUCUGAACACAGAAGACAUUGUUGGCUCAAAGAAGGAGACAACACGAAAAGAAGUCAAAAACAAAACCGAGAAGAGAGCACCAAAACACUGGAGCAAUCUUAAGAAGUGGAUACUUCUCCAACGAUUCGUUAAGGAAUUGGAAAAGGUGAGAAAGAUCAAUCCAAGGAAGCCGCAGCAUUUGCAGUUGAAUCCUGAUCCUGAGGCAGAAAAGGUUAAUCUAAAACCUCAAACAGCGGAUGAGAGGAAAAGAGGAGAAGAAUGGAUGCUUGAUUAUGCACUUCAGAAGGCGAUAAGUCAACUUGCUCCGACUCAGCAAAGAAAAGUGGAAUUGCUUAUAAAAGCAUUUGAAACUGUAGUUCCACCCCAAGGAGACAAUAGCCAGGUUGCAUUUCCUAAGCUCCGAGCCAGCAGUGAAGAACAUUUGCAGAUCACAAAUAAGGAGAAUGAAUUUGUUUCUAGAGCAGGCGAUACGGGGAUUAAGGCAGAGAAAGUUAUUUCAGGCAUAGACAGUAAGUGUGAAGAAAAAGACUGCUCUAAGUACAAAGAUGACGAUAUUCAACCGUCUAUACCAAGGCAGAAGUUGGACGAAGUGACAAGCGCUUCGAAAGAUGAGGUUUUGGUGGAAGCAAAAGCUCAGAAAGAAGAUCAGGAAGAUAGUUCAAAUGAUUUUAAUAAAGAAACAUCCUCUGUUGUCUCAGCAAAAGAAUGUGAGAAAGCACCUAAAGCUGUUCGGGGAUUUUCUCUCCUAUUAGCAAUGUCCGAUCCAAAGAAAGAUGAUGCAGCAUCCCAAAAGCAGGUGGAUAAGCGGAACUACAUCAGCAUGUGGCACAUGAUAUCACAACAUGUGCUAUCAGACGUUGCGUCAAAAGUUGGAAAUGAACUACUUGAUGGAACUGAUGAUGAGGUGGAGGACAGCAAUACACCAACUGGAACGAGAACCUGUAAUUCUCGCCAGGAUUUCACCGACACAAAGGAUGAGCCAGACACAAGCAGAGAAGAUCAUAAUCCAAGCCACAAUGGGAGAAAUUUUUGCAGAGAUGAUGCUGUCAAACUCAUACGAGAGGCAGUUAACGAGAUCCUUACAACGCCAAUUCAAGAUGAUUCAUCUGAUACACAGUCGGUCACCAGUGACAUAACCAUGGACCAGGAGUUCUCAGAAAUGGAAGGUGAAGCAAAGAACAGCUCAAAUUCUACAGAGGAGAGCUUGACAAAUCAUGACAUGAGUGAAGAUGGAAAAAUGUUUGAUCAAGAAACAAAGGGUCCGGAAGCUAAUACUAUCAUCACAGAAGAAGAGAGAGCACUUCCUUUAGCCAAGAACAAACCUGAGCCACAAAAGUCAAAAAACUGGAGCAAGCUGAAGAAGUUGAUCCUCCUCAAGAGAUCAAUCAAGGCACUGGAAAAAGCUAGGAAAUUUAAUCCACGAGCACCUCAGCUUCUGCCUCCUACACCUGAUCAAGAACCUGAAACAGUGGAUUUAAGGCACCAAAUGACAGAUGAGAGGAAAAAAGCAGAAAAAUGGAUGCUUGAUUAUGCAAUGCAGCAUAUAGUCACCACACUAACUCCAGCCAGGAAAAAAAGAGUGGCGAUGCUUGUGGAAGCAUUCGAAGCAGUUGUUCCACUCCCAGAAAUAUGAAUCCAACAAAUUUUUUGACUACUUUCCUAUAGGAAUUAUGAAGGUUAUAACUUGAGAAGUUGUGCAUUUGUAUUGGAAGAGAUUGUUUCAGCACAUAAGUGAUCAAUACAACAAGCUUUCAUUGAUUUAUUAGGCAGCAAUUGCUAGAUAGAAGUUUGAUGUGAGGGUGCAUAUGAAGUUUUGUAUAAAAGUAGAUAGGAACAAUUAUACUUUGUGCUACAGAGUGUAUUCUAUAUUUGUUUUUUUUGGCAAGUAAAACAUUUUUUAUUUA